UGCCUCGCACUUGUCUCGUCUUGUCUAGCGAAGACAGACGGACACCGUUAGUUUAAUUGCGAUUUUACGUCGCCAGUGGGUGUAAUGACCGUGCGAAUGAAAAAGAAAAAAAAACUAUCCGACUCGAAGGACCGAUUUGAUUAAUCAAGCGCGAAAAUCGUGUCGCGUGACGGAAGAUCGCCCGUCCUUGACGGGCGUCUUUUCGCGAUGCAAUUUGGAUUGUUUCGUCGAAUCGAUAUGGAAAAUGGGGAUGUGGACGGAAUAUCCUCUUUAAAGCUUGAUUCUGCCCAGUUUUCGCCUUUUCCUUCCGUCUGCGCCAGCACAUAACCUACAUUUUUUGGGGUGUGUUCCUUCGCUUUAUUGCCGCUUUUUUAAUUUCGACAAUGCAUACGUGAUUUUGUCGCGAAGGCUUGAAUACAUUUUUCAAUUGAGGGGAUGGUCACAUGAUGCUGUGCACCCGCAAUAAAGGGCGCUUUUAGAUGUGCGUGCCGGCGAUGAGGAGGGUUUUGAGCGGCUUUGCUGGAUCGCUUGUUUGCACUGCACUAUGCACUGAGGUGUACGACAUGCAGAUUUCGGAGGCUGCGGGCGGCGUCCCGGUGACAGGAGUCGAGCCGUGUCGAUUUCCGAAGCUGGAGGAGUGCGCGCACUUUCACUAUGAAAGGGUGCAAUUGUCCCAGGUCGCCGUCACCCUACAGACGAAUAUGGACCAAUCGUUGCACUCGCAGCACACGAACGACGACGAGGGCGUCGAUUGGCACAUGGUGCAGGUGACCUCGGCGGACGAGUGCUGGCUGGUGCAGAGGAGUUACGAAAAUUUCAAAAUGCUCGACGCCCAACUUCACCAAUGCAUUUACGAUAGGAAGUUUUCGCAACUGCCCGACCUUUCUAGUCAUCCCUCGUACGGCGAGGACGUCGAGACCCUCCUCACGGAGUACCUGGUGCGAUUUUCGGAGAUCGCCGACAACUCGAUUAAUUGCGGACCGGUGCUGAACUGGUUCCAAAUGGACAAUAAGGGCAAUCGGCUGUUGGUGCCCAGCGAGGAGAGCCGUUCGAUAAACACGCCGGCCGUCGCCGCCGCCUAUAGCGUUCGUAGAUAUGUUUCACAGGCCCGAGAUGAGCUGAGCCUGGAGGUCGGCGAUAUGAUCUCGGUAAUCGACAUGGCCAGUCCGGCCGAAUCGAUCUGGUGGAAGGGCAAGCGGGGAUUUCAGGUCGGAUUCUUCCCCCAACACUGCGUGCACAUAAUCGGCGAUAAGGUGCCGCGAAACAUGCCGCUUCCGCCGCCCGUCGUCGGGUCGCUGGCGAUCACCCCCGUGAAGCCCGUACUGAGAAAGCACGGCAAGCUGAUCGCGUUUUUUCGUAGCUUUAUUUUGAAUAGGCCGUCUAGACGUCGCCUGAAACAGUCCGGGAUUCUCAAGGAGCGGGUUUUUGGCUGCGAUUUGGGCGAGCACUUGCUUAAUUCGGGACAUACGAUUCCUACAGUGUUGAAGUGCUGUACGGAGUUCAUUGAGAAGCACGGAAUUGUGGAUGGUAUCUAUAGAUUGUCGGGCGUUACGUCAAACAUACAGAAGUUGCGGAAUGCCUUUGACGAAGACCGUAUCCCCGACCUGUAUACAGAAGAUAUUUUGCAAGAUAUUCAUUCUGUCGCAUCGUUAUUGAAAAUGUAUUUUCGCGAACUGCCGAAUCCACUUUGCACCUACCAACUUUAUCAAAGUUUCGUGUCUGCAGUUCAGGGUUGCAACAGCAUAAACCGCAAUUCGUUUACCGAUCACGAUCGGUUGCUAAAGAUGCGCGAGGCCGUUCAGAAACUACCGCCCCCUCACUAUCGAACGCUGGAGUAUCUGAUGAAGCAUCUGUCUCGAGUCGCCCAGCACGGAUCCAGCACUGGCAUGACGACCCGUAACAUCGCGAUCGUUUGGGCGCCCAACCUCCUCCGCUGCGCAGAGUUGGAGAUUGGCGGCGUCGCCGCGCUGCAAGGGGUCGGGGUUCAGGCCGUGGUGACCGAGUUUCUCAUUUGCUACGCCGAUCUGAUAUUUUGCGACCAUCUGCCCAACCUGAACAGCACCUGCCUCGACAUGGAGGACUCCCCGAAGAGAAGCCGACCGAAGAGCUUGGCGAUUUCGACGCCUACGAAGCUGAUAACGCUCGAGGAGGCGCGCACGAAGCACCUGCUCAACAAGGCGGACGAUAACGGAUACAUCGAAGUCGGCGGCGGGCCUAACAAUUUGCCGAAAAAGUACCACACCAUCAUCGAACUGCCCUCGGGCCAUCGAAAGCGCGGCCUACCCAAGCGGUCGCCGUCCGGUUGGCGGUCGUUCUUCUCGAAAUCGCGCGGCAACUCGCGCUCGCAGGGAAGCCUGACGAAGGGCCGAAAGGCGUCGACGCCGGGCAACGUCGUUGUGGAGAAGUCGGUGACAGAAACGGAUCUGACGGAGAUGAAGCGAAAAUUGCGACCAGUUAAGUCGGCCGAAAGUCUAACUUCCGGUCACUCCGAGCCGGCUAGCACGGAGGACGUUUUGGGACCGUUGCACUGUCUUAACAAGCCUCCAGGUCACAACAGAUCCGUGUCACACGACUCUUACUUUGACACUUUGCAAAGCUCGCAGCACAACUCGGAGGGUUCCCUUUACGAUCUGAGCGAGAUACAGAUCAAUUUCGAGUUGGAGGAGUCGGAAAUGCGGAUCUUCUCCGAGGAUGAAAGUCUCGUCAGUUCGCCUCGUCUCCAAAAAGAUAUUAUUCAUCGGCGAAUAUUAACGCGUGCGCGCCCCGAAGAUUUCAACAGUACGAACAACUCGAAUAAUCCGUCACCCAAGAAGCAGGCGCGGGUGGUGGCGUCCCCCGAUUCGUCAUCGCGCAAGCGCACCCGUCUCGAAGAUCAGCUCUCCGACAUCCAGUACAUCGACUGCAACACGCCCGAUAACGUUUGCGUGAUUUCGACGACGGCCGUCGUGCAUCCUCAACCGGAAACGACGUUCGUCGAGUCCUACCAACCGAAGAACAAAUCGCCGCGAAGCUCCGACGUCGACAGCAAGCGCCAGUCGCUCAACUUGGAAAAGCCGAGGAGUCCGAGCGCCAUUCCGAAGUCGCUCACCGAGAUCAACAUCCAUAAGAAGCUCGCGAUCCCCUCGAAUCAGUCGAGCUCGUUUACGUCGCCGCAAUCGCCGAACUACAAGCAGCUGGAGGACUCGAGCACGAAUACGACCCCCGAUUACAGUCCGUCGGCCGACGUGUCCUACCAUAACCUCAACCCCCACUCCAGCGAUGAGAACGAGGUCCGGGCCUACGAGAACGUGCUUAGUCCUGUUAGUAAAAAGUCUAGUCCUACCUACGAGAACGUAUUAACGACUAUUAGUAUUACCUAUCGAUCUCCGAGUAAAAGUCCGAAGUCUUCCACCACGAUUAUAAACACGCCCGUAGAGGACGACGCCGUCUACGAAGACGUGCACAUCUUAAACCCCGAGCAGGCCGUCGUGCCGACGUCUACGGCCUCCUUGCCUCUUCAGCAGGCGAGCCAGCCCAGCUUCCAAGAGGUUAUCCACAAAGACAACAGCUUGACGUCACUGCCGGGGAAGUUGACCGUGCCCGACAAGAAAAUCGGCGAUCAACGGCCUAAAAGUCUAAGCGCCCUCGAGGACAUGAAGGAAAACGGCGACGGUUUCAUUUCGAAGAACCCCAGCGCCGCGACGGCCGACCAUCUCAGUUUGACCGACCUAACCUUAAGCGAAGUAGUUCACAAUUCGACCGAAAGUCAAUCUUCCAUCAGCUUCCCGCUAAGUCCCAGCAAGAAUUCGCUAAGCCCGAACGUUAGCCCGAUGCUGUUCUGCGACGGCCAGAAGACGCUCUCGCAGGAUAUACUGACGUCGCUAAGUCCGAGCGUCGCGAGCCUCCUGGAGUCGAAGACGCGCAGCGACAGCAGCCUGGCGGAGAACAGCGAGGAGACGCACCUGGUUUCGCUGCGCAGCGACGUCAGGCAGGGCAAUCCGGAGUACCUGAAGCUCACCGAUAACAAUAUCAGCUCGAACGAGGAGGACGUCAGCCCCGUGAGGUGUCUCAAGCCGAACGAUCUCUACAUAACCUCAAUUAAUAUCGAAGAAAACCCGCCUCUUUCGGAGAGUGACGCGCGCCCCGUUAGUGUCAACCUAAUCGAGUUCAGCCCGUGUGAUCCUCCGCCCGACUUAACCAAGUUGAGCAAUGAUAAGCGAAAGUCGAGCGAAACCGAGUCGCUCGACGACGAAAACAGUAUUUAUCAACAGGUCAAGUACUUCCGUAGGUCGAUUCACGAAAUUAACGCCCUUUUGGACCUGAACGCGAAGGGCGAAAGCACGACAUGCGAAGAGGAGGUCUCGGAGACCGAAAAUUACGACUCGCUAGAGAUCGACAACGUGCACGUUUACGAGAACGUCGAGGUUAAAACCGAGGCGGAGGUAGCCGAGCCGGUGGACAAACCGAACGUGCGCAGCCUGACGAGUCGGUUCGAGGUAAUGGACCAGAAGCCUCCGGUUUCGAGGCGAAACGAUUACGAUAACGUGUCAUUUCGUGGGCAAAAACCGCCGAUUGUUUUCGCGGCCGCGAAGCACGAGGAGGUCGCGUGCCCGAAGGCGGAGGUACCGAAACUUGUCGCGUACGAUCGGGGCAGUUUGCCGCCGUGCCUGCGCGCGCGUUACGUCAAGAACGCGAUUAAAACGCGCUCGCUUGACGAAGAGGCGUUCGCCAAAGAGUUCGCGCAACCGCUCGAGCGGCGGAAGUCGGUCGACGAAAAUUUCGGCUCGAAACUCCCGACGCUGCCCAAAGUUUUAAAUCAACCGAAACCGAUACCCGUCGACGGCGAAAAACCCGACCUACACCUCGCCCACAGCGUCGACAACGUCGCCGCCGUUCCCGAGCAGAAGCUAAACCGCGAGCGCAUUGAAAAGUACAAGGAGGAAAGGCGCAAGUUCCUGCACGACAAAUACCGAUCUGAAUCCUUCAAGGAAGACAAAGACGUGCUGUUGUCCCGCUUGAAGCAGAAGACCGUGAAAGCCCGAACCGGCGAGGGCGAGACGAAGUGCUGCAGCGACCCCGGACCGCCCUCCGAACUGUCCAAGUUGGGCGCGAGGCGCAAAUCGGAGAACGACGACACGGAGUGCUCAAAGGACAGCCUUGAAUGCGAUAGUAGCGUUAACAAGCGCAACUACGUCAACGCGAAGGAAAACCGCGAAAGUAUUAAGUACAAAACCGCCCUCUUCGAGAACCAAGCUAAGGUUAAAGACGCGAAAGUGAACUCGAUCAGGAAAGGGGCGCCGGAGGAGGACCGCGUGCUGGACACCGCCCUUUUGGGUAACGAUUUUCUGCGAAAUCGGCGAAGAGAGGACGAUGCGGGCAAGAACGAGAGGCGGAGACAUACCUACGAGUCGAGGGAGCGAGAGAAAGAGCUCGACGGCGAUGGGAUUCGAAGAAUUAGUUUGGAGAAUCGUAGUCCGAGGAAGGAAACCAAGUCGCCGUCGUACUGCAUCAAAGACAUGAAAGCAAUUUUCGAAUCUAAGUCGCAACAAUAAUCUUGUGGUAUUUAAAAACAUUUAGCUAGCAAUUUGUAAAAUAGUUAUCGACCAAAAUUGCGUGCACUUUUUGGGACCAAACGCGCGCGCGAAAAUUUGAAUGUCGCUUCGUUACCAUAUCAUUACUCGUUUUCUUUCUCGUUUGUCUGUAAAAGCGUCGACAGAAAGUGCACCCCAAUUGUUUCUAUUGUAAAGAAGAAAUUAUUUUUGUAGGCCUUAGAGUUCUUUUUGCAAUUCUGAAUAAGACGAUGAGCGUCGUUUCAAAAAACGGCCACGUUUGCAAUUGACUUUUAGCUUUUAAAGCCCAAUCGUAGACUUAAGAAUACUUUUAAGAGAGUGACAGCUUUAUAUUACAAUUUUGACAGCUUCCUGGUGUUGAUUCGGUGACUAUUAGUUUAUUGUAGCGUUCACUCUUAUUUUUUCGUUAAUUGGCUUUAAGACUGAUGUGGUUUAUGUAUUUGUUUUAAAGGCGAACGCAAGAACUGCGCUAGUUAAGUUUAAUUUUUUUUUUGUAUUUGAGAUGAAUGUCCGAGUGGGUGAGUUGAGCACUAAUCCAACAGGUUAGACAAUAAUGAUUCUUUUAAUUCUGUAUUUUUGAAAUUCGGAAGAACACCCACGAGAUUUAUCUUUCUUGAAAGCCGAUUUCGUAGUGUGUCUUUCGAGGGUAUUAAUUGAGAAUGUUUUGCUGUAUUUUGUUAUUUAUUUUCUAGACAGUGUUGUACAUAUUUUAUGCUUUAAGAUAGCAACAUGUUUCAGACUUUGUUAAUAAAUUAUACUAUAUUUAGGAAA